AUGUCCGACGAAGUCCAAUCUCGUGGUGAAUAUUUACUGGUCAGAAACAUGGCCGAAAGCGAAAGGUUGGAGAUGCAAUACAAAGCCUGGCAGGCCAAUAUUGGGUAUCUGCUGCAUCCAGCCAUCAAACAACAUGACCGGAUGCGCAUUGCAGAUGUUGGCACAGGGACUGGAAUCUGGCUUCGUGAUCUCGCAGCUAUUCUCCCAAUAACUUGUCAGCUUGACGGGUUUGACCUCUCAGACGUCAUGUUUCCCCGCAAGAAUGCAUUGCCGGAAAACAUUACCUUUCAUCAUCAAAAUCUCCUUGCGCCAUUCCCGGAUGAGUACCUAGGAGAAUAUGAUGUCGUCAAUGUUCGAGUUAUGCUGGUGGCUUUGUCUGAUGUCGAAUGGGAGCCUGCCGUGAGGAAUUUGAUGACACUUCUCAAGCCAGGGGGUCAUUUGCAGUGGAUUGAUUGUCCCGCACAUGAAUGUGUACUCAAAGGAGAGCCCGAGGGGAAACGAGCCACUAACGCAAGAUAUGCACUCGAUGUAUUCCAAAGGACUUUGGUUUCGCUUGGGAAAACACCAAAUGUUGCUGCUCUUCAUGGCACUUUCCAGAAAAGUGGAUUGGAAUCUUGUGAAGAGCGGAUCUACACUCUUGACAACCCAGGCACUCGGGAAGACCUCAAUCUAACAGUUGUUGGUGGAAUCCAGCAUUUUCUGACUGCUGCUUUAAAAAUGCACAAGUUAGAUGAAAUUCAAUCUGUGGACCAGAUUACAGCCCUGAGGGAGGCUAUGCUAAGUGACUUGCACAGCCUUGCCUGCUAUUUCUGCUUUGAUGUUUUCGUGAUAGUUGGGAGAAAAUCUUGA